AUGGCUGCCUGCAUUGAGCUCGCAUUGGAGGAGAGUUGUCCUUUCGAAAGCUUCGAAGAGGAUAUCGACUAUAUCAUAGGCUUCUUGAUCAAGAGGCUCAAGCAUUCUGGGGCGCUGCCUUAUUUCCAGCGCAAGGAGGCAGUGAAAGAAGCUAUCCAGCAGUUGCUUGCCCUUCGAGCGAAGAGUUCCACUCUUGUGGAUCUGGCAUCCGGCGAAGUCCAAGCGGUGGUGCAAGAGCGAGAUCGCCGUCUGAACGAAACUAUGUCAUUGGAGGCGAGACUGUCAGCAGAGUUGGAGCAGGCCAGAGCUGAGAACGAGCGGAUGGUCUUCGAGCGACAGAAGGCUGAUAACCGCGUUUCUCGCUUGUCUUCGGAGGUAGAGACUUUGAAGCAGGUCAUAGCUAAGGCGCAGGCCUCAUUGGCUAUUCAGGAGAAGACUCGUGAGCAGGCGGUCAAGGAGUUGAAAAGCAUUGAAUCUCGCCAGCAGUUGACGGCUAAUUCUGUGGAGGAAAAGGAGCGAGCCCAUAGGGAGGCCAAAGAGACCGUUCAAGACUUGGCCUCACGCACUGAGGAAGAUCUCCGAGGAGAGAUUCUGCGGGGCCUAGAGCUUCGUCACGCCAGGGAGAUUCGUGAGGCGGAACUGCGGUUGAAAGCCUUGUAA